CAUGUCCCGUCAGAAGUUAUCAAAAUUAUCAUGUAGUUUGCCUGAGCGUCCGUUUUCAUCAUCCUCCUCCCCUCUGCGAAGGAAACAGGGGAAAACAAAAAAUGCCUCUCUUUAUAAACCGGGACCAGAUAUUUGCACAUCAGGUUCACCUGCUGGAGCACAAACUGAGAAGUAAAGAGGAGCGAAUACUUGAACUGGAGACAGAGAAUGCUAUUCUUCAUUUAAGACUUGCUGAGUGUUUGGGGAAACUGCGUCGGGACCAUGAAGCAGAAACCACGGCCCUAAGCCAUCAUCGGCACCAGGGGAAUGCACAGGAGAUAACCCGGUCAACCCUUGCCAAACUCCUCUCCGGAGUCCAGGUUGUGAAGCAGGACCUGAGUGAGCUUUUUGCAGUGUAUGUGAGCUUUGCCUCUGAGCUGGAGGAGCAGAGCAAGCAGCUGCUGGAGAAGGUGGGACAAGCCAGUUCUACUCUAAAUGGUCACAGUGCAGAUGAGGUUCAAAACUUGCAGGCUCGUGUGGAGGCUCUGGAGCGCUCUCUGGAGGAGGAGAGGGAGAGGUGCAGAGCAGAGAGGCAGAGGAGGAGAGAACUUCACAACACAGUGGUGGAGCUGAGAGGGAACAUCAGGGUUCAUUGCAGGGUGCGUCCAGUUCUGCCCUUUGACCACAUCCAGUCCUAUCCUUCUGGAUCAGGGCCUGCAUCAUCAGAGGAAGUGGUCUAUGCAGUCAGUGAUGACACAGUGAUGGUAAAUUGCAUAAAGACGGGGACUCCAGUGCAAAACAAGAUGUUUGAGUUUGAGAGGGUGCACGGACCAGAAGAUUCCCAGGAAGCCGUGUUUGAGGAAGUCAAGCCACUCCUCACGUCUCUGCUGGAUGGCUAUAAUGUGUGUAUCAUGGCGUACGGGCAGACAGGCAGCGGGAAGACUCACACCAUGAUGGGAUCCCAGCUGCUGGAGGAGCACUCAGGGACGCAGCAGGAGGCACAGCAGGGUAUUAUACCCAAGGCUGCUGCUGAGCUCUUUCGGCUGAUCUCUGAGAAGCCUGUUGAGAGCCACACGGUGGAGGUGUCAGUGAUGGAGGUGUACAACAACGAGGUGUUCGACCUGCUGGCCAGAGAUGAGCAGGGCAACGCCGCAGGCCAGCGCCGGGACGUCAUCACCACCUCCUCUGGUACCAGCCAGGUCACCUCCCUCACACACGAGCCUGUGUGUAACGCCUCUGAAGUGAUGCAGAUCGUCAACAGGGUUCUGAAGCGCAGGGCUCACUGUCCCACCCUCGUCCACACCGACUCUUCACGCUCUCACCUCAUCGUCACACUCACCAUUUCCUCCAAGAGCCCCAACGCAGUGGCCCUGGCCCGUAGGCUACAGAGUGCCAAGAAGGACAUGCAACGCUCCACCCAGAAGGAGUGGUGGAGUCCGCGCUGUCGCCGUGCCAACCUUGCCGCCCGCCACUCAUCUGAGGAACAUCUUUCCGCAAGCACCGCCUCCUCUCCGUGCCCCUCCCCCUUCAGUUCCCCUUGCCCCUCCCCCAGACACAGCAUCUCACAGGCUCCGUUCAGGACCAAGCUGCAGCUGGUUGACCUGGCAGGAAGCGAGUGUGUUGGUAUGUCUGGAGUUUCAGGAGCAGGUCUGUGGGAGGUGUCCUGUAUAAACCGCAGUCUCUCUGCUCUGUCGGACGUCCUGGGAGCUCUGGCCGAACAGAGACCACACGUCCCCUACAGGAACAGCAAACUCACCCACCUUCUACAGGACGCCAUAGGUGGCGACGCGAAGCUGCUGCUGAUGCUGUGUGUUUCUCCCACCCAGCGCUUCAUCACAGAGUCUCUGCAGUCUCUGGGCUUGGGCACACGGGCCCGCCAGGUCCAGAAAGAUCUGCCCCGAAGGAAGAGUAACACCCUCAAAGUUAAGUGAAGAGAACCAAAGAGAGAGAUUUCAUCCUUUUGUAGGUGCUGCUGCAACAUGGACUCUUUAUCAGUCAUUUAUCAAUCAUGCCAACAGAGCAGAUUUGAGGGUUUAAGUUCCACAGAGUACAAGAGCCCUUGAAAAGACAGAUGAAUCAAAGUUCACAGCCUUAAACAGUAAAACAAUAUCUUACUCCAGUUAUUAUACAUCCUGUUCACCACUCAGUUACUUGGCACUGCAUGUUCAUUUGUAUUAGCAGGGUUAAACCUAUGUUUUGUUGUUUUUUAAACUCCUAAACUGUGCAAUAAUAAUAACUACAGUAAUAGUGUGAUAUCCUUUUUCUUCCUCUACAGAUUCAGAGCAUUUAGUCUUUUAGUAUGAGAUCAACUAGUUUUGACAGCGUUGUUGCUGUGUAUUUUAUUUUUAAAUAGAUCUUGUUAGUAUGAAAUGUCUUGCAGGCUUUCUGAAACUGCAGAUAUAUUGUAAUACAUACUCAGUGUGUAAUUAAUGCUGGUAUUUACUAAGAGUGCUAAGUAGCUGUAAGUAACAAUAAGAUUACACUCUGGUUGGGUUAUAAUAAGGUAUAAUACCUUGACAAUGUCUAUACUUUACUUAGUACUUUGUUGUUUUCCUUUUUAUCUAGACCAGUGUUAAGCUGUAGAUCAUAUCAGUAGUGAACAGUUCUGUAUAUAAAAGGCUUUUUGACUGAAGUAUUCUGCUGUAAAUACAUUUCAGUAUUUGCUUCUCAAGCAAUGCCUUAUUUUUUAGCGUUUUGUUUGCAGCUAUGUUUAUUCAGUGUUAAUACACAUUUUUCAAACACCUUGAUAGAAUAGUCUCAGUAGAAUAUGGUGUCAAUAUUACUGCAAAAUAAAGAGAUGAUCAGCAGA